CCCGCCCCGGCUCCGUCACUCAGUUCAGCGCUGCAGAUCGCCGGCACACAGAGCCGCGCAGGUGAAAAUACAUAGUUGACAGCAAACUCGAUGGUGUGGACACGCCAAUGGAUAUCGACAGUUCCUCUCCUGCUGGCGGCAACUCUCGGCUCUGCCUUCAUUUACGAAGAUGAAAAAUCUCCACUGGAGUAUGUCAGCCGACUGCGAGACGCGGUGGACGUCUGGUUGGACGCCUACAACACCGGUCUGCAGAGGGUGCGACACAGCACCGCCUCACUCGCCUGGGACAUGAGCGUCAACACCACCCGACAGUCCAUGGAGAAACUGGCGCUCUACGGACAGGACCUGACGUUCGACGAGUCUCCGCCCGAGGCGCAGGAGAUCCGGCGGCUCAGUGAGCUGCUCACCCCGCUGCAGGCUCGUCAGAUCGGUCUGAUCAGCGACCGGCCGCGCUACCCGGAGAACAUGUACUUCUCGGCCCGCUCGCUGAUGGUCCGUCUGGAGCGGACCUUUUCCAGCGCCACAGUCUGCGACCAGGAGCACUGCUACCACGCCGAGCCCGACCUGCAGACUCUGAUGGAGACCUCCCGCGACCCGGACCGGCUGCUCUGGGCCUGGACGGGCUGGAGAAACGCCGUCGGACCGCCCAUGAGGGAAGUCUACCCGCAGCUGAUCGACGUACUCAACAGUGGAGCGAGACAUGCGGGGUUCCCGGACAUGGGCGCCGUGUGGCGGUACGAGCUGGAGAUGCCUAACAUCGAGCAGACCGCGGCCGGCCUGUACGAGGAGAUCAAGCCGCUGUACCAGCAGCUGCACGCGCUGGUGCGGGCCCAGCUUCGCAGCUACUACGGGCCGCAACUGGUGUCCGCCGACGGCCCCAUCCCGGCCCACCUGCUCGGCAAUCUGUGGUCGCAGAGCUGGCAGUCGCUGGAGGACAUUGUCAGCCCGCUCUCUGAAACUCAGCGACCGGACCUGAGUCGAAAACUCGCGCAAAAGUUCUCCGUCACCGACUUCGUCAAGCUGGCUGAAAAUUUCUACGUUUCACUGGGACUACCGCCGAUGACUGAGAAAUUCUGGCGAAACAGCAUCUUCCAGCGCCCCGAUGACAACCGCAACAUGACCUGCCACGCAUCGUCUGCUGAUUUCUUCACAGACGACGAUUUUAGAAUCCUGAUGUGUCUGGAGCGGAACGAGCGAGACUUUGGCGUCAUCCACCACGAGAUGGGCCACAUCCAGUACUUCAUGGCGUACCGACACCUGCCCACCAUACUACGGGACGGCGCCAAUUCUGCCUUUCACGAGGCAGUAGGGGACACGUUUUUCUACUCGAUAUUCGGGCCGGCGCACCUGCGGAGACUGGGGCUCAUCGACGACGAUGGCUUCUCACCAGAGCGGAGCCUGCAGCUGCUGCUGCAGCGGGCGCUGGCCAAAAUCCCUCUGAUCGGGUUCAGCCUGGCACUGGACAGGUGGCGCUGGCAGGUGUACGCCGGUAGGGUGGCGCCCGAGCGCUACAACGCCGCCUGGUGGCAGCUCCGCGAACAGCUGUCAGGGGUGCGCCACCCCGCCUGCACUGCCCAACAGAUGGAGGCCGGCUGCAACGCCGACGGCAUGGACCCCGGAGCAAAGUUCCACGUGGCAGAUAAUAUUCCGCAUAUCAGGUAUUUUCUGGCCGUCUUUCUGCAAUUGCAGUUUUUCGAAGGUCUCUGCGAGGCAAAGUACGGGUCACCGCUGCCCAUACCUCUACAUGAAUGCGACCUCUACGGAUCCCGCGAGGCCGGCGACAGGCUCAUGGCGAUGCUGUCUCUGGGCAAGGGCCGCUCGUGGCAGGACGCCCUGGAGGUGAUCACCGGCUCCCGGGAGAUCUCUGCCCAGCCUCUGCUGCGCUACUUCCAGCCGCUCCACGACUGGCUGGAGGAGGAGAACCGGCGCACAGGCCGGCCGGUCGGCUGGGGCGGCCAGUGAGCGCCGACCGCGGCCCCGGUCCCUCCGUCCCCGGUCGUGGCCCAAGUCCCUUCGUCCCCGGUCGGCUGGGGCGGCCAGUGAGCGCCGACCGCGGCCCCGGUCCCUCCGUCCCCGGCACAGGGUCGGGUGCGCUGUGUACCACUACCGUCCUGCAAUUACAACCCGCUCGCUGGAUGACCCUGAGCACCAGGCGCCGAUCUCAGAGACUGCUCUGAUCUAGGAAACCGGACGUGUCAAGUGUCCAUCUCCGACCUCGAUGUUGUCCAUCAAAGACUGGUUGUGAAGUCGCUAUCUGCGACUGCUAUAUGUAUAUGUUUU